UACCACCGUCGCCACGGCAACGCCGCUUUACUGGGCCCAACGGAUUAAGGGGCCUGGGGCUGCAGGCGGCCGCGUGGCCUCGUGGGCAGCGCUAGCAGCAUGGACAGUCUGUACGUGGAGGAGGUGGCCGCCUCCCUGAUCAGGGAGUUUCUUAGCAGAAAGGGUUUGAACAAGACCUUUGUGACCAUGGACCAGGAGCGCCCCCGCUGUGAGCUUAGCAUCAACAGCAGAAAUGAUCUCCGCAGAGUUCUGCAUCUGGAGUUUCUCUACAAGGAGAACAAGGCAAAAGAAAAGCCUCUAAGAACAAACCUGGAGCUCAUUACCAGAUACUUUCUGGAUAAUGUUGGAAAUACAGAUAACAGUGAAAGUCAAGAAGCCCCAAUCCCUGCAAUCCCUGUUCCAAAGAAAAACAACAAGUUGCCUUUGAGACACUCAGAGACCACACUGGUGAAUAUAUACGACCUUUCAGAUGAAGAUACGGGAAGACGGACAUCAUGGUCAGAAGCAGGCAAAGCCAGGCAUGACAGUCUGGAUGGGGACAUACUUGGUAAUUUCAUAUCAUCCAAAAAACCCUCACACAAAAGUAAGGCUGCACACGUGGACCUGGGUGACAGCCUCCCGUUGGUUCCUGCGUGGGAGAAGGUGGACCAGCUUCACUCCUCAGAGCCCGGUAUAGAUGUGAAGAAGACCAUGGAGAGGACCAGGCCUAAGUCUGGCCUGAUUGUCCGAGGCAUGAUGGCUGGGCCUGUCGCCAGCUCCCCUCAGGACUCUUUCCGCAAACGCUCUCUGAGAAGGUCCUCAGCUUUGAGCAGGAAGCUCCAAACCCCAGAGGAGAGCCAGCAGCAGUCUGAGCCUUUUGUCCACACCCCAGCCUGUCUGGGUCCACAGGAGGUCCCCGAUUCCAGCAGUGACUCCGUCUCCAGAAGCCCUCUGGGACAGCUGAAUGAACUGUCUAUAGAGAAGCCAAAUGCCACUUCUAGCAGCCAAGGGCUGUCCCAGAGGGACAGACCCAGGCUAAGAAGUAUUUCAGAGGACAGCCCACUGGGGUACAGCCACACGGAGGGGAAUUCCAGGAUGGCCCAGGACCGGCUGGAAAGAGCGUUCAAGCGUCAGGGCGUCCAGCCCCCAUCUCUCAGGUGAGCAUGAAGAGCCAAGUUGGGCUUUUCCAAACC